AUGGAGGCCCCAGUGGAGAAGAACCAGCAGCAUCAGGUCGCAUGCUUUAGUUGUCGCGCCUCUAGACAAAAAUGCGACCGUCAAGACCCCUGUUCUCGCUGUGUUUCCCAUGAUCGCGCUUGCAAAUACCCUGCUCGAUCUAAUCGCGGUCGAAAGCAUGGAAGUACAAACAAGCCUGACAGUGUAGAGAAGCUCCUUUCACGCAUCGAAGAAAGCGGUGCAAAAGACGAAAUUAUCGCUGCUCUUCUUGGAGCAGGUCUUCCAAGCCCGAACAAGACUGUCUCCGUGAGAGGAACGCCGUGGACGCAAGCACAGUCUUCAUCUGAUAGUCGCGCCACGUCUCAACCUGCUCAACCAGAUUCACCGCCUGAAGAUGAUAGCUACGACCACCCUGAAGACCUGAUCUCACCGCUUAGUAUUGUCACGACUGCUAUCGCAACAAACACGUCUGCUCAGUGUGAGAGACUGCGAUCCCAGAUGCCGAUGCAGCCUGGCGUUAGGGAAGCCAUCAUGGCGCCUAUAAAGGAACGACUUGGUGCUUAUUUCUCAUCACAUAGAGCGCAACAAAAAGAUUGGGAUGUUUUAGCCGCUCAGUCAGUUGACUGCCCUUUCAAGUUAGAAAAGGCCACUUGUGAUCCGCUUGCUUCUCGAUUGAUCGAGGAUAGUGAUGCGACUGUAUACUUUCAACUGCAAGUUUUUCUCUACUCGCAACCCACUAGCCUCCUCGACGCCACAUUACACACAGUCGACUAUGUCUACGCGAAUUCAUUCACCCUUUUCUCCGUUAUCUGCGCACUUGGAUGCGCCAUGUCAGCUCGCCCUCGCGAUCGAGCGAUAUACCCUGUUCUGGUACACCUAGCCAAUGGAAACGUCAAGUGGUCCAUUGCUGCCGCGGUGAAGUCUCUUGCAACUAUACAAGCCAUCGUCAACAUGCAAUACUGGACACCUGUGUCCCCAACACAAGUAGACGAUACCUCAUCUAUAUCCCUUAGUUAUGCCAUGCAACUGGCCAGAGAGAUGGGAAUCAGCAAAUCAGAUGUCAUAAGAGAAUAUGUCAACGCAGAAUGCGAGAAUUCAUCCCCUGAAAACAUAGGACGAUAUAUCCGCAACUACGAAAGGACGUGGCUUCGUACUCUUAUCUCAGACAAAGGAUUCGGCAUCAUGAAUGGGAAGCUACAUUCUGUCAACUGGAAAGAAAUUCCCAGUUCCGCAACACAAUGGUGGAAGGCUCCGUUGGCUGAACCGACGGACCGUAUGCUGAGUGGAAUUAUUGAAAGCAGAAGACUAUUGCUAAGUCAAGUAGACAAACGAAAACAACCAAAUUCGACCACGUCCUCCAUUGUGGAAUGGCACAAUGAGUCCUACGACGCUCUAACACGCCUACGCAACGACCGUUGCAUACCAGACGACUCACCAUCUGGAAAAUUACUCCCUGUUCUGGCAUUUUACAUGGACCACAGUAUCCUAGUCCUCAAUGCCCAAGCCCUCCGGGACAUUACUGCCGCAGAUGAUAACUCUUCCCCUUCUUCAUCAAAAGCUCUUCUAAAAAUCGAGAAAGAGUCGAUCGAGGUAGCAAGUCGCGUUAUGGACCUGUUGACUUCGGAUAAAACGAUUAUUGAGCUUGCCCUUGGCUUCCAAAACAACCAGUAUCUCAUGAUUUGUCACGUCAUGAGCGAGGUUUUACGCGCUAUCAAAAGAGGCGCCCUCACGCCUGAAGAGAAAUCUACUGCUGCAGGGAAAGUCAUCGGCGUUAUUCCUCUGCUCGAUCAAAUCGUGCAACUCCUUCCCGCUACUUCAGCAGCACAUCUCUACUUUGAUCUCGCCCGCUUCUUCGCGUGUCAAAUUGACUCGUUGAUGGGUGCACCCGAUUUGCAGGAGAUGCAAGAGACUAUUGAUACAGGAAUGUUUACGGACGACUGGUUCAAGGCCAUGGAUACAGGAAUGCCAGAUGCCUAUACGCUUUUGGAUAUGGGAUAUCUUGGGAUGGAUCAACCGAUGAUGGAUACUGAUUACUUCAUGAAGUUGGAUGAUGUGAAUAGUGUUGGUUAG